GUGUGAACAAACAUUUAGAUUGCACGACGCACCAUACAACGUUUUACAAAGAAACUUGUACUAUGAUAGCUCAAGGUUUGACUAUAUAAUGCCCAGUAUAAAUCGUGGACAGAUGUGACAAAGAACGGUUGUACCUCGGACGCAUGGAUCCGUCUAAUAUGGAUGUAAACAAUUAUCUCAACAAAUGUAAAGACAAGGAUUUUGAAAAGGAGUUCGCAAGAUGGAUAAAAAUAUUUACAAAAUGGUCUAAAGACCCUGAAUUUCAAGACACGAUAAAGCAAAAGAAGAAGCUAAAAUCUGCGGUACCCACCCAGCAACAGGUACAAGUGGAACAGAAACCAUCGACCAGAAAGACAACUGGAGAGAGAAAAAAACAAAUUAAUCCAGAUUUAAUACUGGAGUAUCAUAAUUUACUGAACAGGUUUCGAAAAGCAUCAGAACGAACAUCCCUAGCCGGUACGUACAGUAACCCAACCUGUGCUCCUGGUCGCAACACGAUUGUUCAUCUUUUUGAAUGGAAAUGGACGGAUAUCGCACAGGAGUGUGAGCGUUUUCUGGGGCCUAAAGGAUUCUGUGGUGUACAGAUAUCGCCACCUAGUGAGAACCGCUUGGUCAGUAACAGACCAUGGUGGGAGAGGUAUCAACCCGUCAGCUACAAACUGGUCACCAGGAGUGGCACCGAAGAACAACUUAGAGAUAUGGUUACCAGGUGUAAUAAUGCCAACGUCAGAAUAUAUGCCGACGCCGUCAUCAAUCAUAUGACUGGAGUUGGAGGAUCCGGGACGGGAACUGCGGGUUCCCAUUGGGACGGAGACCACUUGUCCUAUCCUGGUGUUCCUUUCUCUGCCUGGGACUUCAACUCCGGAAACGAAUGUCACAGCAGUGACAUGAAUAUACAUAACUAUAACGAUGCCGAAGAGGUCCGCAAUUGUCGUCUUGUCAGUCUCGCUGAUCUGAAACUCAGCAAAGACUAUGUCCGCGAUCAGAUCGCUGCCUACAUGAACCAUUUGAUAAGCCUAGGUGUGGCCGGGUUCCGUGUAGACGCCGCCAAACAUAUGUGGCCUGGAGACCUUAGAGUUGUAUUUGGGAAACUGCAUAAUCUAAACUCAGAUGUGUUCGGUUCAGGAACGAAACCGUUUAUCUUUCAGGAAGUGAUUGAUAUGGGCGGUGAAGGAAUUUCUGCUUCGGAAUACACAGGGAUCGGACGAGUAACUAAUUUCAUCUUUGGCGUGAAACUCGGACAGGUUUUCCGAAACGAGAAUAAAGCAAAAUAUCUCCACAACUGGGGCGAGGCUUGGAAUAUGCCAAACUCUAAUGACGUCGUCGUGUUUAUUGAUAACCAUGACAACCAGAGAGGACAUGGUGGAGGGGGUGGUCCUUUGACCCACUUCGAACCACGCCCAUACAAACUGGCCACCGCCUUCAUGUUGGCACAUCCAUAUGGCUUCACACGUCUCAUGAGCAGCUACAACUUCCAAAGAUCAAACACUGACCAGGGUCCACCUAGUAACGGUGACAAUAUCAAAGAUGUGACCAUCAACGCUGACCUCACGUGUGGUAAUGGUUGGACUUGCGAACAUCGAUGGAGACAGAUGUACAAUAUGGUCGCCUUCAGGAACAUAGUUAUGGGACAGAAUCUGCAGCAUUGGUGGGACAAUGGUAACUAUCAGAUAGCCUUCGGUAGGGGCAACAAGGGCUUCAUCGUGAUGAAUAUGGACAGUUACCAACUAGAUCAGACCUUACAGACUGGACUUCCGGCCGGAACUUACUGUGAUGUCAUUUCCGGGAAUUAUGAUGGUUCUAACUGUUCAGGAACAGAGAUCCAGGUUGGGAACGACGGAAACGCACAUUUCAGCAUCAGCAACAGUAGUGACGAUCCAAUGAUAGCCAUUCAUGUUGGUGCGAAGAAAGGCCAGCCAAAAAAGGUGACGACGUGACGUCACUCUAAAAGUCAUCCACAUACUUUUGCACCACCACCUUAAUGCUGUAACAGUUGUUUUUUCGCGGGAUUUUUUUUUCGCGAUUUUACCAGAAGCUUUAUAAAAAAAAAAAGGACGCAAUGAAAUCAACAGUUGUACAGUGUUUUUAUGAAUUUUAUUUUCAAUCUACAAUUCGUAAACAUUUUUCACGGAUGUAAUCAAUCCUUGAAAAAUAACGAAAAAUACAACCCUUCGAAAAUAACAAACUUUAACAAAAACACUGUCAGUGGUAUUGUGCUGCGAAACGGAUCGGUCUGCCAUAAUUGUGCCCUUUGGCAAUUUUUCUUUUAUUCAAAAGCAUCUGAAGCUUUUGUCUUGUUUUUUUUAUAUAUAUGUAAAAAUACAACAACAAAAAUACCAAUAUGUUAACAUUACCAUUAUCCAAACUUAAACUCAAUGUACAGACAAACGAAGGAUUUACACAGUGACUGUUCAGAAGUACAAGGAGAAUGA